CAGCGGGCAGUCGUCGAUUCAGCUCAGAUCUUUCUCAUCACCAGCAACAACAACCUUUCGACACAAGAUGACUAAGGGAACCUCCAGCUUCGGAAAGCGUCACAACAAGUCGCACACUCUUUGCCGACGAUGCGGCCGUCGUUCUUACCACAUCCAGAAGUCCACCUGCGCUGCCUGCGGAUACCCUGCUGCUAAGACUCGCAAGUACAACUGGAGUGUCAAGGGCAAGAGAAGAAAAACCACCGGUACCGGCCGUGAGCGUUACCUGAAGACUGUUGACCGACGAUUCAAGAACGGAUUCCGCACUGGUGUUGCCACCCCCAGCAGCAAGGUGCCCGAUGUCGAAUAAAUGCAUCAAUUUUCACUAAGAGCGGGAGGGUAUAAAUAAAAGAAAAGUUGAAUUUAUUGUUAUUGUUUAUCUUUUGAUUUUCGUUGGAUUUCAUAUUUGUCGUGUUGAUUGUUGAAGAUUGACACGACGAGGGAAGAAGGAGAAAAGGAAAGAAAGCAAUGAACCUGCUUGUAACUUGUAUCAAUACAGAAUAAUGAGGUUUAUAAUAGUGAG